AAAAAAGAUUGUCGGAGUCUGCGCAGUUCCGUUGUUCUCGUCACUCCGAACUUUCGGGAGAACCGCGGAGGAAGAAGGAGGGGAGAGAGAGCGAACAACGCCAUUUUCCCUGUCAGACAGGUGUUUUUAGUCCAGACUGCCAGUUCCAUCAAGGACCAAACAGUCCUGGAGGGCGGUGAAAUUGGACUCGGGACCAAGCUGAGUUGUAGUGGGCCGUCAGAGGAGGAGGAGUUGACGAGGCGGAGCCAUGUCGACCUCGUGGCGUGAAGAUGAUGAAGAGUUCAAGGUGGGAGGAGUAAAGGCUGGGUUGAGAUCUAAGCCGAGGUUCUCCUUCACGGAGGUCAAAGUGCUGCUAGAGGCGGUGAAGAGGAACCGAUACAUCAUCCUCAGGAAGUUUAACCAAGGUGUGUCGGCUGAAGCCAAGAAAGCCACCUGGAUUGAAAUCACGAAUCAGAUCAACGGCCUGGGAGAGAAUCACCGAGAGGUGCGUCAGAUCAUGAAGAAAUGGGCCGACCUCAAGUGCGAUGGAAAGCGGCGCAUCGUCGCCCUCCGGGGCCCCAACGGCAGCCACCUGAGGAAGAAGAACCUGGGCCCCGUGGAGAGGAUGGUCCAUAAGAUACUGAUGCUGAGUCCUAGAGGAGACGGCGACAGUGAUCUGGACCUGGCUGAAGAUGAUGAUUUUUCAAAGCUUUACAGUAAAGGCCCACCCUCUAACCCUCCAGCUUACUCCUACCUCAACUUGACAGACAGUUCCCACUCUUUACCCGGAGGGGCCCCCUUAGAAUUUUCUCCUCUCUCGUCACCAGAGAAAGAACUUGGCGGCGAUCCUUUCCAUUCCUCCUCUGACUUUGACUUAGACCUGGGUGACGACGGAGAACGUACCAUGGAUUUUGACGAAAAUGACGACGCCAUGUUCUCCUCCUACCCUCCCUCUCUUCCCCCGCCCUCCUCCACCUCCCUGGACCCCCUGCCUGACGACGCCCUGCUGAGGAUCAAGCCAGUCCACACCUACUCCCGAAACAACAACCAGAACCAAAACCACAUCCCGAACCACGCUUACCCCAGACCUCCCCCCGUGGCCUCCACCUCCUCUGCUUUCCCAUCAGAUUUGGACGCCGCCUCGUCCUCUGCUGCGCCUCCCGCGCCACAGUCCCCCACUCGCUCCAACAUGACCGCCCCCUCUCUCCCUGCUCCCACCUCAUUCGCUCCCCCACCUCCUCCCGCCUCUGUUGCAGCCGCUGUCUCUACCUCUCACCCUUCGCCCCCGUCCACUUUCAUCCCACCACCUCCUGCUUCCUCAGUUGCUGGAUCCUCCUCUGUUGCUCCCUCCUCUUGUGUCCCUUCUUCCAACUCUCAUCAACCUUCUCCCUCCUCCUCAGUCCCCCCACCCAGUCAUCCCUCCACGUCGGGCUCAAACCCGGUCGACCCUCUCCCCACUGGAGCGUCCUUCCGCAGGGCCAAUGACGACGUGGCCCAGCUGGCCUCUCAGAGCCUCCAGCAGCAGCGGGCCAGCAGGAUGCUCUUGACCUCGGUGUCUCAGUCUCUGGAGACGUUGGCUCAGUCCGUGCAGCUGCUCGUGGAGAGCCAGCAGGAGUUUGUGCAGGAGUCUCUGCUGCUGCAGAGGGAGACCGUGGACAUCCUGAGGGAUUUCUCCAACACAGCGCUGACUAUGCUGAGAGACAAAGCCCACAGUGGACAACUGGCGACACACCAUCAUCAUCCCACUUCACACUUCUGAAACACGGAAAUGAACAACCUUUUGGUAAAGACGUAGGAAGUAACCACAAGCCAAGUGCAGGUAGAUUUUGGCCGUGGGAGUAGCCACCAUGUGGAGUUCCUCUGAUUUAAACACCCAUCAUGUCAGUAAAAAUCAUGAAAGAGGUGUCUGACUUUACGAGCCACUGUGGCUGCUGGACAGAGAAGAUGCUUUCCCACAUUAGAGGCACAAAGAUACAGUUUCAGCCCAUGAUAUCGCUCGUUUGUUUGUGACAGGCUCGUGUGCUUUAAAAGGCGUCACCCUCUUACAAAUUUCCACACAAACGCUGACUAACUGACUAGAUUGUGGAGAUAAAAACACUGAAGAUACACUAGACGAUGGAGGGACAGAGUCGUGCAUUUCAUGUGGCACAUUUACAUCUCGAGUGCACUGGGACACUUGAAUAAGAGGGGACUGAAUGUGGGCUCAACUCAAACCGGCUCCACAGUCACGCUGUCCUGUCCGGCGGUGGGAAGUGCAGAAAGUCUUCUGUCAGCCACAUCCUGGUCAUGGAACAUGUCUGUGAUGCAACGACAGCUUUUACACAAAUUAGAAUAAAAGUAUUUUAAACGCAGUGACAUGUUUUGUUUAGGUUUCUGCUCAAUUUACUGCGCGUGAUGGAAAAGUGAGCUAAAGGGUUCAUUAAUCAAAUUUAAGGACAGAUAAUUAUCUUUCUUAGCUGUGAGAUGUGUGUUCUGCUUCCAAAAGGCCUUCAUGUUUGGUCUCAGACUGCCUCGGUUACAUGGAUUAUAUAUGAAGAUCAGAGGAGCUUCUUCCAUUUAGUUAGUUUACAGUUCACUUGGAUGAAAGAACAGGAGAGCAGCUAUUGUGCCCGCUCCAGUUUUGACCCGGUUAGAGGAAUUAUUUAGUUUCUGAAAGGUCCCAGGUCUGAUACCGGUCCUUAAACACCUGCCAUACUCACUGUCAGAUAGUCUAGAUCAGAGUGCCAGCUGAUCAUCACAAUUAAAUGGUAUUAUCUUUUAAUCAGAGCCAUCCUGUAGCAACAAAUUUAAACUGCGUAUCCUACACAGUUUAAGUUAGUUAAAGUGUUUUUCAUUAUUACUGUUCAAUUCCCGAUCUUAAAGGUGCAGUAAGCAAUUCUGGAGAAAUCGAACACCGUGAUAUGGAGAGAACAACGACACAGCAAGUAAUCUAACUAACAUUAGCUACGUUGUAGAUUAGCAAACUGUGGCUGCAGCCAACGGCCCCAGACUCUGAUACUCACAACAACAGCAUGAGUUGGUGAACUAGAAAGGAAGCUGAAUAACCGUGUGCAAGACAUUAAACGUUACCUGACACACAAUUCAUGACUAGAACGACUGGAACAGUGUGUGUUGGAUUAGAAUCACUGACCUCAGCUUUAAGGUUCCCUGAGGUCUGCUGGCCCCUGUGCUGAAGUAUGCAGGUAAACCCUGAAUCAACUUACUGUCACUUAUUUACUGAAGAGCCUGCACAGAAAUCUACUUUGUUGGUCUACGUGCAGAGUUCAUUUCAGUUCACUUCUGUUCUGUGGUUUGAUCGUCUGGCAGGGGUUAAUUAUUACUAUUACCACUAUUUCAGUGGGCUAAAUGUAUCCCACAAUGCAAAAUAAAAACUAGUGCAAACGAGCAUCUUACAGUAGGGUCCAGUUGGUAUUUAUGUAACUAAAAACGCUGUGUUAAACGGUUACCUCAAUACAGCUCUAUAUUUAGAUUUUACUGCACAGUCUUCCCAAAUAUACUGAUGUUUAGCAAAAACUAUUGUUAGCAACUUCAAAGCAAAGCGUUUGUCUUGGAGAAACUAAGCACGAAGCCUAGAAACAGUUGUAGUACGUGGUUGAAGAUGCUUUUUGACUCUCCUGUUCUUUGACCCUGUUCUUCGUGCUCACCUCCCACCUUAAAAGGUUUCCUCACCCGCAGUGGGCUCUCUGUCUGACUGACCAAACGACAUGUAACUGUGCUGUAACGCCGGGCUGUGUGAUGUUUCCUACAACCAAAUCCCGAGAAUAAAGAUUUUAUUAUUAAAAGAA